GUGAUUUGUUUUCAAACUUCGUCUUGCAAGUAGUGAAAGUCGUGCCUCCCGUGCAGUCUUUCGUUUUUCGUUACGGAUUGAUAGGUGGUUGCAUACAUAAGUCAAAGGCUUAGCUAUUUUUCGUCUUUACGUAUGGUCGCCGUAAGCCGGACCAGCGAACUUAACUCCCUCUGCUGUAGCUUACCGGAACAUCGUGGGACAACUAAAAACAUAACAAAAAGUCUGAUUGUUGACUAAGGUUAGCAAUUUUACCGCGGAAAGUUUUUAAUGCUCGGAGGAUUUGUGAUUUUGAUAAACCUGUCCUAUUGCGUAUUACAGUGAAUGCAAAGCUAAUAUGUCGACAAUUGAGAAAUUGUCAAUCCGCGGCAUUCGAAGUUUCGGUGCGAAAGCUGAAGAUGAACAGAUCAUAACUUUUACCUCUCCUCUUACUCUGAUACUUGGAGAGAACGGAUGCGGGAAAACGACAAUUAUUGAAUGUCUUAAAUACGCACUUACGGGUGAUACGCCACCAGGAAGUGAGAAGGGGAAAAGCUUUGUCCAUGAUCCCAAGAUUUUCAAUGCAACGGAAUGUUUGGGACAAGUUAAACUUAUGGUCAAAACACUACGGGGCGAAAAGUAUACAGUGUGUCGAUCGAUGAAAUAUAGCUUCAAGCGUAGUAAGCCUACUUUUGAGACUUUGGAUGGAACCAUUUGCUUGGACUUCCAAGGCCAGAAAGCUGCUAUUAGCAAGAGAUGUGCCGAUAUAAAUGCAGAAAUGUGUCAUUAUAUGGGAGUAUCAAAAGCAAUAAUAAACAAUGUUAUAUUUUGUCAUCAAGAAGAAUCCAGUUGGCCCCUUGACGAAGGGAAAAAACUUAAAGAGAAAUUCGAUGCUAUCUUUGGUACAACAGAGUACAAUAAAGCCAUAGAGAAAAUGAUAAAACUGAGAAAGGUACAAAUGGAUGAGUUGAAAACAAAAGAGGCCGAUCUAAAGGUUUUAGCUCAUGUUAAGGCAACAACAGAUAGCAAAAAUUUGGAGCUGCAACAGGCGCAGAAAAAAUUGGAUAACUUGAAAGAAAUGCGUAAUCGGCUCGAGGAGGACAUGAAGCCGAUACAGGAUCGUCUCACAAAGAUCUUCACAAUCGAGCGGGAAAUUAGUGAACUUACAGCUAAGAAGAUCGAAUAUGAAACAAGGUUGAAAAAUUCGAAGGAGCAAGCAAAGAACCUCCAGUCGAAAAUUAAAAAUAUAUUUGAAGGGAAUUUAUCUAUGCUGGACGAAGAAAUACGUUCCUUCCGGGAAAAUAUGAAUGAUAAAAAGAAUCAACUACAAAAUGUUGAGGAAAAAUUGCAGGCCAUUAAGUUUGAGGAGAAAAAAUUACAAAAUGCGUUCACGGAUCUCGACCGUCGUCGGACGUCAUUGAUUCACCAGAGACGACAAGAACAGGACUAUCUUUCUGAAAGAGCCCAGAAGAUUAUUGAGUUGUGUAAGCUUUUGAAAAUAGAUGUAGAUGAUGAUAUCGAAGAAAGACCCAACGAUGUACAGGAAGCUCUGAAGAAAAUUGAAACUGCCUUUGUAAAAGAGGAAAAACGGAUAUCCGAAAUGAGUGCCAGAAAUGAUAAAGUUGAUCAAGAACUUCAGCAGGAAAUAGACAAACUACGUGAGAACAAAGCUUCAAUUGAGAGUGAUAUCGUGUCGAAAAAAGAUCAAAAAAAACAAUUAGACCGGGAUCGACAGAAAAAUCUGAAUGAAAUCAAUCAAAUAGAGAAAUCUGCCCAAAUGUUACAAACGUUAACACGUGAAAUUGAAAAGAUUUCUAAAACUUAUGACGAUUACAGUGCGUCAGUCGAUUUGGAGGGAAUCAAGAAAAUUAUCGCCGAAAAAAAGGCAAAUGUCAAUAAAUUCCAAGAGACAGUGGAAAAACUUGAUGAGAAAAUCACGUUCCUUAAUUCCAUCUCAAAACAAACAGGUGAAAUUUCACUGAAAGAAAAGGAACUAGAGAAACGUGAAACCGAAAUGCGUCGUGUCAAAAACAAACAUUCCGAUAAUUUGAAAAAACUGUUUCCAAGUCGUGAAAUUUCGUCUAAUUAUAAGCGCAAUGUUCAAAAUCUUUAUGAUAGCUUGCAAAAGCAAAUAUCUGAUUUAAAUAAGAGUAUUAACCUCGGUAAGCUGAAGGAAAAGGAACUGCAAAUAACCAGGAAGAAUCAAAAGGAUGAAAUAACGAAGUUUGAAAAAGAACUUGAAAAAUGUGAAGAUAGAAUAUAUGAAAAGUGCCAUUCUUCGGACUAUGAUGGGUUGCUGGCUCGUUCAAAAGAGAAUAUUGACAAAAUACAGAUGGAAUAUGGAGCUCUCAAAUCAGCGGAAGCUAUGUACAAGAAGUAUAUUCAAAAGAUCGAAGAUGAUCCAUGUUGUCCUCUCUGUCAUAAAGACAUGCAACCGAAUGAGGCUGCUGAUUUAUCAGCCGAACUUUCAGACGAAAUUCGUCGAUUGCCGGAGAACAUUCAACGUACAGAGGAGCAACUGAUAAAGGAGCAAAGAAAAUAUGAAGAAUUGUUGUCUUUGAAGCCAGUCAUUGAAAAAGUACAAACCCUUAAAACUGACAUUCCGAAAUGUAAAGAUAAAUUGAAAACCACCGAAGAGAAAUUGAGCGAAACUACAAAUGAUGUUGAAUCGAACCAGAUGCUAACAGCCGAGCCUCAAGCUCAUAUAGAGUUAGUUAAUGCGAUUCUCGGUGAUAUGAGUUUACUAGAUGAGGCGAUCAAAGAUGCUGCACGAUUACAAAGCGAGUUGGAGAAAUUAAAGGCAAAGUUGCCUUCCUAUGAUACAAAUCUAUCACUGGAUGAUUUACAAUUGGAGAAAACAACGGUGAGUGCAGAAUUGAAAGCAGAUCGUUCCAAAGUUGACGAACUUCAGGCACAAUAUGAACGAGAAAGUGAUACAUUGAAUCAAUUGCGCGAGAAAAGGAAUAGCCUCAAGGAUAAGCAAAUAAAACUUCAAGAAGGAGUGCAAGCUCUCACUCAGCUCAAAUCUCGUCGAGAUGAAAUCGCUGCACAAAUUGGAAAAAUUGAUAAAGAAUUAUUUGAGUUAGAAGAAAAACUAAAGCCACUAAAGGCCGAGCUCAGUUCAGCGGUUGAUAAAAAGCAACGAACAAAGGAAACCAAUCGUAAAAUGUUAAAUACUGAAACUGCUAAAAUUGAAAGUUGGAAGAAAAUCGACGGUGAAAUUAAAAGAUACACUAAAGAGCUGCAAGUUCUUGCGGAAUUGAAUUUAGCACAAGAAAUCGAAAAUUUGAAAAAUACCUUAAAGCGGCAUACUGAUGAACAGGCUGAGAAGGAGAAAGAAAAAUCAGACACAACGACGGCGAUUGAAAAUUUAAAAACCGAUAUCCGUAAUCAAGAACUGGUUGAACGAGAUCUCAAAGAUAAUCGCGAAUUGAAAACACUCCAAGAAAAAGUUGAGCUACUUCAAAUACAAUAUGAUGACCUCAGAAAAGAUAUGGGCGAGCGUGAUUUCAAGAACGUUGCACGCGAAAAAGAUGAACUAACAAAAAAGCAGGACAACAUUCGAAUAAAGAAAGGUGAAAUACUAGGUCAAAUGGGAGAAGUCCAAAACCAAGUGAAUAACCUCACGAAAGAAUUGAAUCAGCCCCAAUAUAAAAACUGUGUUAAAAACUAUCGCAAAAGCUACUAUGAAGUGGAAAUCCUAAAGAAAGUCAUUCAUGAUCUUGCCGAAUAUCGUUUGGCAUUGGAACGCGCCUUAAUGCAAUUCCAUUCGGAGAAAAUGGAAAAAAUCAAUCGAUUAAUUCGUGAAUUUUGGCGUCAAAUUUAUCGCGGUAACGAUAUUGAUUAUAUUCAAAUUCAAACGGAUGAAAUGAAGACAGAGGCAGCGGACAAGAAACGAAGCUACAACUAUCGCGUAAUUCAAUCGAAAAAUAAUUCAGAAAUUGAUAUGCGUGGACGAUGUUCGGCAGGACAACGUGUGCUAGCUUCGCUUAUUAUACGAAUGGCUCUUGCGGAGACUUUUAGUAGUAAUUGCGGUGUACUUGCCCUUGAUGAACCAACGACGAAUUUGGAUCGUAAUAAUAUUCUUUCAUUGUGCGAAGCGUUAAAUCGAAUUGUUGAGGAACGACAGUCACAAUCCAAUUUUAUGUUGAUCAUAAUUACACACGAUGAGGAGUUUAUCUCGACUCUGGGCAGAAUUGAGCACUAUCAUCGAGUGACACGUAAUGAAGAUGGGAAAUCUGUUAUACGUAAAUUCAGACCGAAUUAAAAAGCUAUUGUUAC